AUGAAGCCCAACAGCAUGUACAGUAACUGUGAAGUAAAAAACUGGUACUCCUUAGCUCCCUGUCAAUUCUGUUACUGUAUCAACCAAAACAAACUUGUCUGUAAUACUGGAAACUACUACUCCAAAAAACUUGAACUUGGCUCGUAUAACUUAAGGAUCUGUGGCAAGGAUUUAAUAAGAGAAGCUGUGGAACUCAUACCUGGAAACCAAAAAGCGUUAAGGACCCAAAGUCAAAAGGCUACAACAAAAGAGAUGGCAAGGGUAUCUCCAAAAUCGACCCCGCAUAAAAUGCAUAACAACCAAAACAUUGCUAUAGAGGUAAAUAGAGAAAGUAAUGAAAUCUACACUUUACCUACCACCAAAACUAAUAAUGACAACUUAACUGAAAGUGUCGAAUAUUAUACAGAUUCAGAGGAAGCGAUUAAGGCUCAGCUUAAUAAUCCAGCUCCACAGAAGAGUGUCAUAACAAGUACCGUACCUACCCCCGCACCUACUGCGCAACAAUUAUUAAAGGAUGGAAAAAGUACUAAGUUCCCGAUUGUAGAAGGUGAUGAAAUGCUUAAUGAAAGUCCUAAUGAGGAAGGGGACGAGAAUUCUAGCGAAAAUGAAUCUGUAAAUGUGGUCCCCGAAGUUCCUGAAACUUCAUCAACUACUGAAAGCGCUAUUAUGUUACAUGCUAAUGAAAACGCUAAUGAAAAUGCUAACGACAAUGCAAAUGAAAAUCCUAACGAAAAUCCCGAAUUUGACCCUAAUAAAGGAACAGUAGUUGAGAUAUCAAAAGGAACAAAUACAGCAGGAUCCUACCAAUACGCCGGCAAUACAAUAAAGAUAAGUCUUCCUAAAGUAUUGAACAAGGUUUUCCAACUGGCGCUGAGGAAGUCCAUGGUUACUUUAUCAAAGGAGACGAAAUGCAAACCUGGGUCUACGACAGUCCAGGAUUGCAAUAUGUGCUUCUGCUUAAAGAAUAGUAAAUUACUUUGCACUAAAAACAAAUGUGGUGAUGCAGUAAAAAGCAUAGAGAACUAA